AUGAAAGGAUCUUUGCAGAAAGAUCUGUCGAGGGGUGAUUCUAGCAAUGAUUCUUCCUCCAAGUAUCAGCAGCAGCAAUUUGAAGCCUUCAAGACGAAUAAUAUUGGUUUAUGGCGUGCUCUUUGGCAGACAUACAAUGCCAUGGGAGAUGUUGAACAGGAGAGCAAAAUAGCUGUGGAUGUGUAUGAGGACAUGAAUGCAAACACAAUCAAUAUCGAUCAUCUGGUGACGAUCAAUCAGAUUCAGUCUGACUGCGAGACUUGCCAUGACAGUGUCGAAACGAAAACAAUGCCGGUAGCCCGGCUGGAGCAUCGGAAUCUUCGUAGGCACGUGAUUGUCGGCUCUGGUCAUGUCAACGGCCCGAACGUGUUACGAAGUGGAUCGAUGAGCACAGAGCUCUGUCUCAGACAUGGCGACGGCAGGAUGCGAGUUACAGUGCAACAUGCUCCUGUGUGGAAGAGAGGGUCAGAGCAAACAGGAGUGCCAGACGGCUUGAAGAUAUUUCGAGUGAUCGUGGCACGAGAAUGCUUGAGGGACGGAGCUCCAACGCCCGAUAGCGAGGCUGCGUCUCCUCCGCAGAGAGGAAAUCCGACAUUCUGGAGAGGAGUUAGCCCGUUCAAGUGGCAUGCAGUCUGGAAAGGGAAGUCCAACACGUGGGGACAGAUCAAUGGAGUGAAGGCGUGGGAGAUCGAAAGUCUGGAAGAAGGAGACGCAUGGCACGGAAGACCACGAGGAGACAACGACAACACCUGGACUCUCCGUCUGCAAGGAGGCGUCCUCCUACAGGUUCCUCAACUGAUACUGCCUGGGGAGGUGGAGUGUCUGCGGGUUGCAUGGCUCCCAGAGGAUGAUAUUCUCAAGCGCAUCGAAGCGAGAGUCGUGGCACUGCAGCAGUCUGAGGAACUCAACGACCAGUCGGUUUUGAUAGAACCUCCAAAGCUGCUCUUCUUGCGCGUCGAUGAUCUCCAGCGAGCUGGAAAUCUACCAGAAAUCCCAGUCUUGAUGACAGAAGAGGAGUGGCUCCAGAAUUCGAAAAGGGAAGGAUGAGAUAUCUGGAGCUGCCACAUGCAUGAGGUCAAGCAAAUGCAGUUCCACAUUGCGAUCGGACUUUAGUUUAUCCUUUGUCAAGCCAAGACUUGCUUGAACCGAAGAGUAGUGAUUUUCAAUGAAUGACUGUUCAAAAUC